CCGCCACUGUCGUCACUAUUCCGCGUCCCAUGAGCGUGUGUUCCAUUGAGGUUGUAGCAGUGUGUUUUAGACUAAAAAUGGCGAGUUUUUGCGUGCGAGCUGUGAGACGGAGCUACUCACGUGUAGCUUUACCUGCGUUUAUAAGAGCAUAUCCACGAUUGCUUUGCACAGCCACCCAGCAGAAGAAUGGCAACGUGUCAGACGGGGCUGAGAAGCCGGAGCAAAGUGCAGCAGAAACACUCCUGCUGGAGGAGAAGAGCCAGCUGGAGGACCAGCUGAAGGACAUGACGGAGAAGUACAAGCGGGCGUUAGCGGACACAGAAAACCUCAGAACGAGGACACAGAAGAUGAUAGAAGAUGCUAAAUUAUACGGAAUCCAGGGCUUCUGUAAGGAUCUGGUGGAGGUGGCCGACAUCUUGGAAAAGGCCACAGAGAGUGUGCCCAAGGAGGAGGUGACCACCCAGAACCCUCACCUGAAGAACCUGUUUGACGGUCUGGUGAUGACAGAGGUCCAGAUCCAGAAGGUCUUCAUCAAGCACGGCCUUGUCAAGCUCAACCCAGACGGCGAGAAGUUUGACCCCUACGAGCAUGAGGCACUCUUUCACGCACCAGUGGAUGGCAAGGAACCUGGCACUGUCGCCAUGGUAACAAAAGUGGGUUACAAGCUUCACGGUCGUACCCUCAGGCCAGCAUUAGUGGGCGUGGCCAAAGCCCCUUUAAAGUGAAGGUUUUAACUGCGACAUUGGGAUUUGCUUUGUUCCCUGAGUGACUUGUGAGCUCAAGUACAACAGUCUGGUUGAGUGUCACAGAGACGGUAAACCAACUGAGCUGGACUUUGUAUCAGGACAAUAUCCAACAGCUUUUAACAGAAAUAUUAAAGUACACUAUGUCUUUACAGUAAAUCCCCAGCUUGUAAUGUUAUUCAUUCCAGAGUCAGUUCUUGUCAGCCUCACUACGUCAUAGAGAGAGGCUUUAUGUCUCUUACAACCACCAACCCUAACUGAAAGACACCGGUUAAACAUGAGAAUGAUCAAGUGAUCAUGGUCCUAUGAUGUGAAAUCCAUCCACAAAUUGAGCAGUACUUGAGCAGUAGUUCUGAACUGUAAGUAUCAUUCCUGACUUUUGUUUAAUGCUCUAAUAAUCUUGAACUUUAUUAUUCAAUUUGAUUAUUUUUGAGUGUUAAAUUGAUUCUGUGAAUAAAGGGAGGAGCAGGAGGCUACUUGAAUAUCUGACGAAAGGAUGCAAUGUUACUUUGAAUGGAGUUAGUUGUGCUUCCCCGAGGCUUCCUGGUAAAUGCAUCCAUCUCUUGUUCAUUUGGAUGCGAUCAAGCUGUGGUGGGCCAGCUUUCGGCAUUGUGACAUUAAUGUCUCUUUAAUGGAAACCAUUAGAAGGAUUGUGUUAUAUUGGCUGUCACAGCAUCAGAAUAAAUUGAUCAACUUUG